UUGGCAGAUGUUGCGCAGUUGAACGUUGCUUGGAGACUGCGUCUGCGCAGUCAGGCUCUGCAAGGCCCCGCCUCUUUGGGGCACCUGAAGUCCUUUGGGGCGGAGGACUGGGACGCCUGGCACCUCUCAUCUGGCGGCUGCUGUGGUGUUGUGUGUCCUCGUGGUGGACUUACCUCGUCGCCCACCUCCUCGCUGUGAGUCUGAGGACUUUCUUUUCCGAUCUGAGAAGGCGGCUAACAACAAAGAAUCUGGAAAAGUUGGAGAAGAUAAAGUAUAUCCAGUAUCCGAAACAGGAGAUCAAUAAAGGAGGAAAUGCACAAUUUUGAGGAUGAGUUAACGUGUCCCAUUUGUUACAGUAUAUUUGAAGAUCCUCGUGUACUACCAUGCUCUCAUACAUUUUGUAGAAAUUGUUUGGAAAAUGUUCUUCAGGCAUCUGGUAACUUUUAUAUAUGGAGACCUUUACGAAUUCCACUCAAGUGCCCUAAUUGCAGAAGUAUUAUUGAAAUUGCUCCAACUGGUAUUGAAUCAUUACCUGUUAAUUUUGCAUUAAGGGCUAUUAUUGAAAAGUACCAGCAAGAAGACCAUCCAGAUAUUGUCACCUGCCCUGAACAUUAUCGGCAGCCAUUAAAUGUUUAUUGUCUUCUAGAUAAAAAAUUAGUUUGUGGUCAUUGCCUCACUAUAGGUCAACAUCAUGGUCAUCCUAUAGAUGACCUUCAAAGUGCUUAUCUGAAAGAAAAGGACACACCUCAAAAACUGCUUAAACAGUUAACUGAUACACACUGGACAGAUCUUACUCGUCUUAUUGAAAAGCUAGAGGAACAAAAAUCGCAUUCUGAGAAAAUGGUCCAAGGUGAUAAGGAAGUUGUUCUCCAGUAUUUUAAGGAGCUUAUGGAUACGUUGGAACAGAAAAAAAAAUUUUUCCUAACAGCUCUCUGUGAUGUUGGCAAUCUGAUUAAUCAAAAAUAUACUCCGCAAAUUGAAAGAAUGAAAGAAAUAAGAGAGCAGCAGCUUGAAUUAAUGACAGUGACAACUUCAUUACAAGAUGAGUCUCCACUUAAAUUUCUUGAAAAAAUUGAUGAUGUUCGCCAACGUGUGCAGAUCUUGAAACAAAGACCACUUCCUGAGGUCCAGCCUGUUGAAAUUUAUCCUCGAGUAAGCAAAAUAUUAAAAGAAGAGUGGAGCAGAACAGAAAUUGGACAAAUUAAGAAAGCUCUCAUUCCUGAAAUGAAAAUCUCUUCAAAAAGAAUGCCAUGUUCCUGGCCUGAUAAGGAUGAAAAAGAAGUAGAAUUUUUUAAAAUUUUAAACAUUGUUAUAGUUACACUAAUUUCAGUGAUAUUAAUGUUGAUACUCUUUUUCAACCAACACAUAAUAACCUUCUUAAAUGAAAUCACUUCAAUAUGUUUUUCUGAAGUCUCUCUGUCUAUUUACCAAAGUUUAUCUAACAAUCUAAAUGAUUUAAGAAAUAUACUGUGUCAUACCUUAUAUUUGCUAAAGGAAUUCAUGUGGAAAAUAGUUUCUUAUUGAAAACUUAAAUCAGAAUUGUAAAUAGGCUCAUUGUAUAUAGCACAAGCUAACCACUGCUAAAUGGAGAAAUAGGGGUAGCAUAAAUAGCAACCAGACUUGAUUUGCAACAAAUAUAUAGAAAUAUUAAAACUUAUGCUUUUGUUGAAGAGAUGUCAGACAUAAUAGUUAAGUCAUAAUUAGGAAACUACAAUAAAAUCUAGUAAUUGAUUUGGAAAUUAAUUUUUAUUGGUUUGAAUGAAAGAGGUUGACUUAAAGCUGCUGGGACCAUUUAAACAUUUUAUGCUAUUGGCUUUGCAUUUUUCUCUCUAGCUUUUAGAUUAAAAGAUGGCAAAAUUCUCAAAAAAAAAAAAAAAGCCUUUGAAUGGAUGAAUAAGGAUGUUAAAA